AUGUCGAUUCCGGCGACUGUCCCAAUAAAUGGCAUAAUUGAAGGAUUCUAUUGGAGUGCUCCGAACCAAGUCAAAGGCCAGUUUAAAUUCUUUUCUAAGACACAACGUGACCAAUUGAUUUCUUCGAUGAGCGAAGGUUUGAAUUAUUAUUUUUAUGCUCCUCAAGACACUGAAGAUCACCCAUUCACAAUGAAAUUAUGGGAUUCGCAGCAAGCAGCCGACUGGUCUGACACUGUUUCUAAAGCCUCAAAUGUUUCAAUUGUCAUGGGUUUACGGCCAAGAUGGAUCGAUAGUGUUCAAACUUCAUUGCAAGCAGUAAAACUAAAGCUGACUCAAUUUGCUUUGGUUGGCAUUCACUACUACAUUUUAUGUUGGGAUGAUACAGAAGGUGCUGGUACGACUGCGCAGAUGAAAUUACAGAGAGAUUUAAUUAAAGCUCUCGUUCUUGACGUGACAAACAUCGAACUGAUCGGUAUUAUUCCUGCUUACUAUUCUCGAUCUCAAAUUUCUGGCACUACAAAUGCCGCUUGGGGCCAGCAAAUUUCCAUUCUGAAUCAAAUUCCCAGUAGCAUCCGAUUUUUUGUCACUGGAUUAACAGUUGUUCCAUCAUCUAUUCAAACAUCCGAUAUUCCAACUUUAACGAAUCGUCAGUUUAUCUUCUUUGACAAUUGGAUAGCUGUUGAUUCAAGCACGAAAGUGACAAUGAGUUGGCCACCCAACCGUCAUUCUGAUAUAUAUAAUGCAAGUGCAUCGAUUUCCGGUUCUGUAUUAAAUUUAGCAUUUCCGCCGGAGCGAAUUAUUCACCAAAUUUAUGCCACAAUACAAAGAAUUAAUAACAAAUAUUCUUAUAUCAAUUCACGUUCAGCAGCUGUGUAUUGGUCACAAUAUCUGUUAGCAAAUCACUUUUACCGAUCCAAUUCCUCGGAACAGUUAGAAACAAAUUUACAAUUAGCAAUUGAUAACCUCUACGAAACAACUCAAGCUAUUAUUCAACGGUACCCACUUCUUAGUGCCAUCUUCACAAAUUAG